CCUUUCGGUUCAGCUUAAUUCCGUUACGUAUUAGUCAACGGCAAUAUACUAAGUGCCAGGCAAGUACCUGGUUAAGGCUGGGAGUGGAGGAAGAUGGGCAAAGACGGGAAGAGUCAGAGGCGCGGAGCGCGCUGGGGGAACCUGAAUGGAGAGAACCUUGGGCGGGGGAGGCCCCGGGAGGCGACACGGGGGCGGCCCUCCCCUGAGGACUAACCACGGGCCCUAGGGCACCUUAGGCGGGGAGACCACGUCAGAAAUCCCGUCCAGGACUGACUUCCUGCCCGGGAGGCCCCGCGGCCUCGGGCUCUGGGCGCGGGCCAGCGGGGCGGCGCCGGCGCCGGAUCGGAGGCGCUUCCUGGGCGCAGCGCGCGCCUAGCUGCGCGCGGAGGAGCGGGAGGCGCGGGACGGCGCACCGCGGAGGGCGCGCCGGCGGCGACAUGGAGGACGGCGUGCUCAAGGAGGGCUUCCUCGUCAAGCGGGGUCACAUUGUCCACAACUGGAAGGUGCGAUGGUUCAUCCUACGGCAGAACACGCUGCUGUACUACAAGCUUGAGGGGGGUCGGAAAGUGAUCCCUCCCAAGGGCCGCAUCCUUCUGGAUGGCUGCACCAUCACUUGCCCCUGCCUGGAGCAUGAAAACCGACCACUCCUCAUUAAGCUGAAGACUCAAACAUCCACGGAGUACUUCCUGGAGGCCUGUUCUCGAGAGGAGAGGGACGCCUGGGCCUUUGAGAUAACAGGAGCUAUUCACGCGGGGCAGCCGGGGAAGGUCCAACAGCUCCACAUAUUGAAGAACUCCUUCAAGCUGCCCCCUCACAUCAGCCUGCAUCGCAUCGUGGACAAGAUGCACGACAGCAGCAGCGGAAUCCGGCCAAGCCCCAACAUGGAGCAGGGAAGCACCUACAAAAAGACCUUCAUAGGCUCCUCCCUGGUGGACUGGCUCAUCUCCAACAACUUUGCAGCCAGCCGUCUGGAGGCCGUGACCCUGGCCUCCAUGCUCAUGGAGGAGAACUUCCUUAAGCCGGUAGGCACCCGAAGCAUGGGAGCCAUUCGCUCUGGGGAUCUGGCGGAGCAGUUCCUGGAUGACUCCAUGGCCCUGUACACUUUUGCUGAGAGCCCCAAGAGGAAGAUAAGCUCCAAGGAAGAAAUCCGUCUCAGCACCGUGGAGUUAAGUGGCACAGUGGUAAAGCAAGGCUAUCUGGCCAAGCAGGGGCACAAGAGGAAAAACUGGAAGGUGCGGCGCUUUGUUCUGAGGAAGGACCCGGCUUUUCUGCAUUACUACGACCCUUCCAAAGAAGAGAACCGGCCAGUGGGUGGGUUUUCUCUUCGUGGUUCACUCGUAUCUGCUCUGGAGGAUAAUGGCGUUCCCACUGGGGUUAAAGGGAAUGUCCAGGGAAAUCUCUUCAAAGUGAUUACUAAGGAUGACACACACUAUUAUAUCCAGGCCAGCAGCAAGGCUGAGCGUUCAGAGUGGAUUGAAGCUAUCAAAAAGCUAACAUGACAAGGACCUGAGGGAAUGGGAUCAGGAUUCCUCCCUCUUAACAGAUGACACAGGAUUUCCUGGAAAAUGGGAAUGUGUUAAGACUUAGCUUUUUCUAUUUUGUACUGUUGGAGUGAGAUUGGUGAAGAGUUCCUUAGAUUACAGUCAGCAGUGGUGCUAUUUCCUUCCCCACCUUCAAAGUUAACAUGGAAAUGCUAGAGUAGCCAUUAGGCAUCAGCAUCUUAACUUUGGCCCAUCAUCACAACCAGCCAUUUCUUGGGUACCAAAGUAGGUUUCCUUUGUCACACUAACUGGCCACGUUGUAAUACUAAAUAAAACACUAUAGUCUCAUGGUGGCGCUCUCUGAAAUGCCGUCAGCAACUCACUCUUUGGAAUGAAUAAAAAUUGCUAUUUGU